AUGACGGCGGAGAACCACCGAAAGGUCUCCCCUAGACUAUCUAAGCUCCCAUUGUCGCCAUCUCCGUCGCCAUUGUCCCAAAAUAGGAGCCCUAAAACCUCAGCUUCCCAAGAUUUAUCUUCAAAUCACACUCUAAUUUCGUCGAGUCAAACUCAAAGCUCAUGCAGACGAUCACCAAGACUACUCGUAAAUGGUCAAGAACCACCAGCAAAGAAGCAAAAGAUACCCGAAUCUUGGAAGAACAAGGGAAAAGGGUCCGGCAUUGUGUCUUUCUUCAUUGGAGAUCCCGUGCCCGAGGAUGAGGCUCGACAAAGAUGGCCUUGGAGGUACGAAAAUAAGGGCAUGCUAAAAAAGGGACACACUUCAAGAUUUAAUGAUGAUGGUGACAAUGAUGAUGAUGAGUUGGUUUUGAAUGUAAAAUGCCAUUAUUCUAACGCUGAAAUUGAAAAGUGUGUCUUUAAUCUUGGUGAUUUUGCUUAUGUAAAGGCAAGUUGUGCUUCCAUUACUCUUAUGCAUGCCCAUGAGUAA